AUGAAUAUGAAUAUGGGCAUGAACAUGGCAGCCCACCACCACCACCACCCAGGUGCCUUUUUCCGCUACAUGCGGCAGCAGUGCAUCAAGCAAGAGCUCAUCUGCAAGUGGAUCGACCCCGAGCAGCUGAACAACCCCAAAAAAAGUUGCAAUAAAACUUUCAGCACCAUGCACGAGUUGGUCACCCACGUCUCGGUGGAGCACGUUGGGGGACCCGAGCAGAGCAACCAUGUCUGCUACUGGGAGGAGUGUCCCCGGGAAGGCAAGCCCUUCAAAGCGAAAUACAAACUGGUCAAUCAUAUCCGAGUGCACACGGGAGAGAAACCUUUCCCCUGCCCCUUCCCCGGCUGCGGAAAAGUUUUCGCCAGAUCAGAAAACCUCAAAAUUCACAAAAGGACGCACACAG